UUAUGUUUUGUUGAUUACAUGUGGAUGCAUCUUUGCGUCCAACGCACCCGAUGCAUGCAUCUAAGUCCAGAGAGAUUGGGAUCCCCAUGAAAUGAUGCAUCACACUCAGCGGCUGUCACUGUGCUUAGAGAGAUAAAAUUUUCUCUCUCCCCAACAAAAUGGAUUGAGACACCAAACCACCUUAAGCCCGAGAAAACUGAGAGAGAGAGAUGUUCCUCUUUCUAGGAUUGAGACACCAACCCAUCUUAAGCCCGAGAAAACUUAGAGAGACAGAGGUUCUUCUUUCUAGCAGAGAGAGAGAGUGGGGUUCCUGUUUCUAGCUCCUACACCAUGACCCACCGAGAAAGAUAGCGAGCUUUGAUGGACACUGGUGGCUCCAGAGUAUUUUCUCACUCUGAAGUUGUGUGAGUUUACGACUCUACAAAAGCUUAUUCUCGCACUUCAAAAACUCACCUAAACCCUGCUUCAUAGGAUAAAAAAAUGCGCUUCACCGUAAAAAAUGGCAGCUUGUACUAGAGCUCCACCUCUUUCUUUCCCCUUGUUCUCUCUUCCUCUCACCAUUCCUCCCAAUUCAUGGAGAACCCACAAACCAUCCUCUCUGUACAAAUACCACAAGACCCAUCUCACAUAUUCAUCUCCAGAAAAAACCCAACAAACGAAUUCGACAACAAUCCCUUCCAAUUCAAUGGAACCUCACAAUUUGAAUUCAAACCUCUGUAACCUUUGCUUGCUAGGAAAUUUGGACCAAGCUCUGCAGAUUUUGGAAGGGAUGAAAGACGAGAAAUUCAUUGUAGAAGAGGAGACAUACAUUCUUCUCCUCAAGCUCUGUGAAAUCAAGAGAGAGGUUUUGAAAGGUGAGGUUGUUUGCUCCCAUAUCUCUUCGUCUUUGGGUCUCUCUCCUCUGAGUUUAAGGCUUGGGAACUGUAUUCUUAGCUUUUAUGUGCGGUUUGGGAAGCUCCUUGAUGCCUGGUUUGUAUUUGGAAAAAUGGAGGACAGGGACAUUUUUUCAUGGAAUGUGAUGCUUGGUGGUUAUGCAAAAAAUGGGUUUUUAUCUGAGGCCAUGACUCUCUAUCAUCAAAUGUAUUGGACUGGUAUUCGACCUGAUGUAUAUACUUUUCCCUGUGUCUUGAGGACAUGUGCAGCUAUUCCAGACCAUAACCAUGGCCAAGAGGUCCAUACCCAUUUUCUAAGAUUUGGAUAUGAAUCAGAUACCCAAAUUCUCAAUGCUCUGAUAACAAUGUAUUCAAAAUGUGGCUAUCUCAGUUCUGCAAAACAAGUGUUUGAUAAAAUGGUCCAGAGAGAUAGAAUUUCAUGGAAUGCAUUAAUUGCUGGGUACUAUGAGAAUGAAGAAUGUGAAGAAGCUCUGAAACUCUUUUGUGAAAUGAGAAUGAUGGGUAUGGUGGAGCCGAAUGCCAUGACCAUGACUGCGGUAAUCUCAUCAGUCGCUAUGAUGGGGGUUGAAGAAUUGGGGAAAGAGGUUCAUGGCUAUGUGAUUGGAUUCGGGCUAGAACCUGAAGUUUCCAUCUCGAAUGCUUUGAUCCAGAUGUAUGUGGAUAUGGGUAAAUUGCAUCAUGGGUUGGAUGUGUUUAGGAGGAUGAGGCAUAGGGAUGUGGUAUCAUGGACUGCAAUUAUAUCAGGGUAUGCAAAAAAUGGGUUUUAUCAGAAGGCUUUGAAUGCCUUUGAAGAGAUGAGAUCAGAGGGUACAGAACCAGAUGAGGUUACCAUUGCAGUUGUUUUAUCAGUUUAUGCAGAACUAAAGCUUCUCGAUAGGGGUUUCAAGCUCCAUGAUUAUGCAAAGGAGAGAGGAUUGCUUUCCUAUGUUAUAGUUGCCAAUGCUCUGAUUGAUAUGUAUUCAAAGUGUGGGUGUAUCGAGAGGGCUGUGCAAAUAUUUAAACGCAUGUCUUGCCGAACUUUGGUUUCCUGGGGAGCCAUGAUUGCCGGAUUCCGGCAAAACAAUAGGAGCUUCGAGGCCUUGUUUCAUUUUCGACAUAUGCAAAAUGAAUUUAAACCCAAUUCAGUUACAGUAAUGGCUGCCCUUUCGGCUUGUUCAAAAAUUGGGGCAUUACAGUGUGGAGAAGAGAUCCAUGCUCAUAUGUUAAGGAACAAUGUGGGGGCUUCUUUUGAGGAAUCCAACAACUUUGUAUGGAAUGCAUUGCUUGACAUGUAUUUGAAGUGCGGGAGAAUUAAAGAGGCCAAUGUAUUGUUUCAAGUGAUGGGAGGAAAAGAUGUGACCUCUUGGAACAUAAUGUUGGGUGGGUGUGUUAGUCCCGGAGAGGGGGCUCGAGCCCUCUCAUUGUUUAGAGAGAUGGAGGAGGCAGGAUUUAUUCCUGAUGAGGUGACCUUUGUUGCCUUGCUUUGCGCUUGUAGUCGGUCAGGCAUGGUUGAAGAAGGCAUGGAGCUCUUCAAGAGCAUGAGAGAGAAACACUCUGUGUCUCGAAAUCUUAAACACUAUGCUUGUGUUGUGGAUUUGUUAGGGAGAGCUGGGCUUUUAGAAGAGGCUCGAAGGUUCAUAGCUGAGUUGCCUAUUGAACCAGACGCAGCUUUAUGGGGGGCCUUAUUAGGGGCUUGUAGAAUUCAUGGUUGGGUUCAGUUAGGUGAAGAAGCGGCCAUGAAAAUCUUUGAAUUAGAGCCUGAAAAUGUAGGAUAUUAUAGCCUUUUUUGUGAGAUGUAUGCUGCAGCAGAGAGAUGGGAUGGAGUUUCUAGAGUAAGAAAGUUGAUGCACUCUAAAGGCUUAACCGUUGAUCCAGGGUGUAGUUGGGUUGAGGUUAAGGGCACAGUUCAUGCAUUUCUCAGUGGUGACAAAACCCACCCUGAGUUUCGAAAGAUAGAAGGAGUUUUGGUGAAUUUCUCUGAGAAAAUGAAGAGAGAAGGUCAAGAAGUAACCAUUGGAGAUGAGUUGGAAGCGUCAAAAGCUGAGGUAUUUUGUGGGCACAGUGAGAGAAUGGCAGUGGCUUUCUCUCUCUUAAAUACAGUGCCUGGAACCCCAAUUUGGGUCACGAAAAACCUACACAUGUGUGUUAGCUGCCAUACCCUUGUUAAGUUCAUCACUAGUGUAGUCAAGAGAGAGAUUACAGUGAGAGAUGCCAAUGACUUCCACCAUUUUAGAGAUGGGUUCUGUUCUUGUGGAGAUCAAGGAUACUUAGAAGGUCUCAAUAGUUAACAUGUUCAUUUCUUCUUUGAAAAUUUAUAGACAACAAGUUGAUAUACUUCGUUCUUGUACAGAAUAUGAAUCACUGGAGCUCGUAAAGACAAAGGAAAUUUGACUUAGAGGGUUCAGGAAUGAGUGAGUUGAUUUAGGCUGUGAAAGAUGAAUUGAUGGCAAACAGAGAAGAUAUUGAUUAUUAAUGGAAGUUUUAUGAUGAUAUUUGCAAGGACACUUGAGCUCGAGGGAAUUUCAUGAUGAAGUGCAUGCUCUUGAGUUUAAUCUCUUGAAUAUGAAUUUGACUUCUCGAGGAAUGGUGUUUGAGAGUGAGUUUAAUCUCAUGGAUAUGAAUUUGACUACUCCAGCGAUCUUGUUUGAGAAAGAGAGAGAGAGAGAGCAGUUUACACGCUCUCAACUCUUAAGAUCGCACAAAGCAUGGGAGCGAGUUUUAGUUGCCCAUGGUCGAAAUUAGGUGCAAGUUUAACUGCAAUAAAACGUGCUCUGUUUUGGCUGUGAUAAGGAGUAUGGAAGAGUGGAUUCUGGUCAUGAGCUUGAAAAGAAGAUGAUGACUACGAUGCAUGAAAUGCAUAGGACUGUGUUAAAGGUGGAGAGCAAAGAGCAUGAUGCAAGUGUCGAUAUUUGGAGCCUUGGGGUAUCGUGCUGUGAGUUUCUUUAUGGGGUUCCUCCGUUUGAAGCAAAGGAGCACUCUGACACAUACCGAAGGUAAGCUUCCAUGAGUUGAGUGUACGUACACAUGUAUAAUUUUAAAAAAUGUUGGGCAGCGACCAAGCAGCCUGGGGAAUCUUGGUGACCAAGGUGGGCACCUUCGCACUAAGAGUGAGAUGCCCGUUUUGAGUGGCUGGUCAGCUGUCCAGGGACAUGGCGCCCAGGGAGUCCCACCAAGGCACUAGGUGGGCUCUCUUUCUUUUUGAGCACUGCAUGCACACCUGUGUGUGAGUGAGUGUAUGUUUGAGAGAGAGAGAGAGAGUGAGAGAUUGUUUACCAAGAUCUACAGUUCAAAAGUAGCAUCUCUACAUGAUGAGACUUCUAGUGUGGUUUGAGAGAGAGAGAGAGAGUGAGAGAUUGUUUACCAAGAUCUACAGUUCAAAAGUAGCAUCUCUACAUGAUGAGACUUCUAGUGUGUUAUAAAGUAACAUCUUGUGUUUCUCACUUGUAAGUUUCGUUCAACUUCUAUGUACUCCAGCUUGUGCUCCAGGUUCUCAUGCUUGGUUUGAAAACUAAUUAAAAUAUUAUAUGAUUAUGUCACAAAUGAAUGCAGGAUUGUUAGAGUUGACUUGAAGUUUCCUCCAUUUGCCUAUUGUUUUAGCAACUGCAAAGGAUUGGAUCAGUCAAUUGCCUAUAAAAGAUUCUUCGCAAUGCCUUCCUCUACAUAAGCUUCUUGAGCAUCCAUGGAUUCUUCAAAAUGCAGAUCCGUUGGGAAUCUGUAGGGCUUGAUUUUGGGGGUGGACCCUCUCCCUCUCUCACUCUUUCUCUGUCUCUCUUGUCUCAUUAAACACACCAUGGGUUGUUUAAAAUGCAGAUCCUUUUGGGUAUGUACAGGACUUGAUCCUGCUUUCUUUGAUUUCCAUUCUGUUGCUCAGUUGAAGAAUACUGCAUCGUGAUUGUUUUCUUUGAAUAUGGUAAUUAUAAGAAAUAAAUUUUUUUUCAUGAA